AUGCAGAGGAGGUCAUGUGAUCAUUGUGCCCAAUGGGAGCCCCUACCCUUUAGCUUGACUAGUUUAGUCUGGGAGGGGUCAAGAAGCUUAAAUGGAUAUUCUACAGAACCCAAGUCAGCAUUAGUUGUCUCCUUUAACAACAGUAACUUCAAGCAACUAAAGUACAGUCAUUAUAUUUCUACUGAGGAAAGGGUCAUUGACAUAUCUAAGUACCCUGAAACGCAUCUAGAAAUCACAAGUAACGCAUUGAUAACUCACCACUGCUGCUUGAGAUUUCACCAGAGCAAACUGAAAGUCCUUCAACAGCCGCAACAUCCACUGCUUACAACAGCCGCAGCUUCUACUCAUCCAGCCAACUGUCAUACCAUUGACGUCAGACGCCAAGAAAUUCCACGAGGUCCGGUCACCAUAAUCUGCUUGAUGCCUCCUUCAUCAUCACAGCGGCAUCCAUCAGGUCUGUGGCAGACAGACCGGCCGCAGAAGUGCACGCCAGUGCUCCCAUUCAGCGCAGGCAGACCUUGUCAUGGACAGGUGCUUGCUGGCACCAGUUUCUUUGGAGCAUUAUCUACAUCCAAAUACAUCUGGCUGAGCAAACAUUUACAAAUGAUGCAGUAGAGGCUAGAAGAAGAACAACAACAGAAAGGAAGUGGAGAGGAAUGUCGAGGAGUUGGUGGUAAUAUAGGGGGCCAGGGAAUUUAAGGGCAUUUGUAAGGGC